AUGGUUAAUAAAAAAUCUCUAUAAUGGAGCCUCUGCUCAUAUUUAUAAUUGUGGCGGAACAACAAUAUUUGGAGGAUAUCAGAUAUUUGGAUGCUUUUCAUCAACAAAAACUUCAAUCACGAAAUAUUUUAGGCUUCCACCACCUCAUUAUAAAGUGAUUAUAGAUAUUAACUUUUGGAAGUUAAAUAUAUAAAUAUCAUAAGGAUUGAUGAUUGGCCAAGCAAUCAAUUUUUUUAUAUAAUCAUAGAUCAAUGGAUUCAAUCUUGGUUUUUUCCGGGAAAUACAGGAUUAAAUGUAUGUGGUGGCCCUGGUACAGACUAUAGUUCAAGCUAAUAUAAUAAUUUUUCUCAUCAUACAUUAAAUUCAAUAAUUGUUGAAUUAUACGCAGACUGUGAUAUCACAGUAUUUAUAUUUAGUUUAAAAGUUUUUAGAACUUUUGGGGAUUAACUGAUUUCAGGAUAACAUUAUAUGAAUGCUACUUGGGAUGUCAGUUUUGUUUAGAUUCAACUAGUGAUUGUUUAUUGUGGAAAUUGUGGAAAUCUUAUUUUGACUUAUAAAAUCUUGAUAAUGGUUUAGAAGGAUGGAUUAAAAAUAACAGAUUUGGUUAAUUUACUUAUUCAACAAAUGAUUGUAAAUAUGUAAAUAAUUAAUAGUUUAAUACAAAAUGAUUAUCUUAAAUAAAUGGGAUUCAGCCAUAACUUAUCUUACACUGCCAGAUCAUAUUGCUUUAAUAAUUCAAUUUAGAAUUGAAUAUCAUUCAGUUUUACCAAUUACUGUAAGUGUUUAUAUAAAUGAUAAAUAUAGAUAUGGACUUAUAAGUUCAAUUAGGUAAGUUGAUUAUAGAACUUAUAAGAUUGAUGAUAAUAACAAUUAUAUUAAAUUAGAAAUAUAUAGUGUAGAUGGCUAAGUAAGUAUUAGUGAAUUAUAAAUAAUACUUCAAGGACCAAUAGAUUUGAUUUCCUGUUUUGAUAAUAAUUUAGCGCCUUUUGAUGGUUGUUUUGCUAAAUAAGUAUCAUGUGUGGAUGGAUGUAAUUUUUGUGUAAAUGGAGAAUGUCUAAUGUGUGAUAUUAGAUGGGAUUUUAAUGUAGAUAAUAAAAAUUGUGAACCUCAUUGUGGUGAUUAAUUAAUUACAGCAAAUGAGUAAUGUGACGAUGGAAAUGAAAUUCCAUAUGAUGGGUGUCAUAAGUGUUACUUUUCUUGCCCUUUAUAAUGCAGAAAUUGUUUAUUUGGUAAAUGCUAAGCAUGUGCUUCAGGUUAUUAUUAUUCAAAUGGAAUUUGUAUUAUAAAUUAUUACAAUUUUCUUAUUGACAAUUUAAAUGAAGUUCAUGUUGAUUUUAAAGAUUUACUAGAUUAUUAAUAAGAAAUUGAUGUUGCAGUAUGUGGAGAUGGACAAGUUCAGUAAAAUGAAGAAUGCGAUGAUGGAAAUAAUUUUCCUAAUGAUGGUUGUUAUAAUUGUAAUUUUUAAAGUAUUUUAAAUUGUUUGCUAUGUUAAUUUGGAGUUUGCUAGAUUUGCUAACCAAAUUAUGUAUAAAUUAAUCAUAAAUGUUUGGAUUAAAAAGCACAAUAUGAAUCAGUUAUUUGUUAAAAAUCAGAUUCAUUCUUAGAUAACAAUUUAAUUUAAGAAUAUGGUUUUCAAAGUGAUGACUAUAAUAUUGUCUGA